AUGACAAGGACAGGGAAUAGAGUAUAUUCAUGCAUGUGUACAUAUAUUAUAACAAAUUUGUUACUGAAGAUUGGCUUCUAUUUGCCUUUAUAUAUUUAUUUUCUUUAUUUUUUUUUUCAUCCAAAUCCCACGACUCGCUUCCCCAUACUUUAUUUUUAUUUUUUUUUUUUUUUACUGUUCAUCUUCAAUCUUUCUUCUCUUUGUUUUGAAGUAUAUGUAGUUAAUUUUGUAUUACUUCCACCACUUUUACCAAACAAUUCACAAAAUUCUAUUUUUUUUUUUUUCCAAAUAUUAUUUUCUUACAAUUUCAUCAUCAAAAUUUUCUUUGCUUUUUCAGAUUUUGUCCAACCCAACAAAAAGUCCGAUCAAAUAGUAAGGGUCACCAACCUAGACAACUAG